AUGGAACACCGCUCAGCCAAGGAGUUAAAUCAUAUCUUAACCACGGUCUUAGAGUGUUUAAAUGCACUGAAGGCACUUGGCUGCUCCACUCACACCUGGGAUGACCUUAUUGAACACGAUGUUGUACAGUUGUUAGAUUUUUGCACUGAAGAGGCCGGGGAGAUUAAUCUUGGUUCUAGCACAGAAUCCCCAACCUACGAUCAACUCAAGACAUUUCUGACUGGCUCUGCCAGAGCUCUGGAGAGCAUGGAGAGCCAGCUAUCUCCUCCGAAGUCACCUACAGUCAAGAACGUCUCAUCAUCAUCAGCAAGCAAAAGGAGUUACUCGCAGUCAGCUCAGCGCACUCCACCAGCGCAUGUUCAUCUCGCCAAUACUGAACCUCAGGCAGUUCCAGACCUAAACAAUCACUGCAGUGCUUGUCAACAGGCGCACUACAUAGCCUUCUGUCCAUCUUUCAGUCUACUCUGUUACAACGACAAGAUGGACAUUGUCCGCAGAGAGAGACUUUGCUUCAAUUGCCUUGGCAGGCACAACUUGCGCAAGUGCAAGAUUCCAAAAGACUGCAAAAUUUGCGAUGAGCGUCACCACACCUUGCUCCAUCAGGGACCGAAGGCAACUCUACCAGCUACAACUGCACCAGCAACCACUCAAGCGCCUUCUCCAGAAGAAACGUCAUCUACUACCAGCACAGCUUAA